GUACUUCAAUAAACUUGAUUCACUGAGUCAAAGUCAAUUGUUAGGACUAUUGCCCAGAUUUAAGAAUCAUUUCGAGGAGAUUGCAAAUUCUGGUUAUUUGAAAAAUCUCCAAAGACUUCAUAUUGGAAGUCGCAAUUUUUCAAUUAGUUCAUAUGAUGGACCAGUAUUGGAGAGUAUAAAAAUUUUGGAGGCUUGUUUAUAUUCAUAUGAUGCCACUAAUCCUUAUCCUGGAUUUCAUUUCAUGGAUUUAUGUCCAUCCGUUGAAAGUGCUCAUCAUUUAAUCAAGCCGAAAAAACUAUCGAUCAACCAAACAAUCAAAAAUAAUUCACUGAGAAAUUUAGUUCUGGAUCAUCCGGAAAAUUAUGUAUCAGAUAAUUGGACUGAUUUGCGAAACUUGUUAAUCAAGUAUCCGAAAUUGAAAAAUCUCGCAAUUAGAGGCGAUUAUGGGCUUGAUGAUUCUAAUUUGACGGAAUUACUUGACCUUAUACCCGAAAUUGUUAUUCUUGAUCUUCGCCAGUCAACCAGAUUAUCGGAAAAAUCGAAAGAUAUUGUUAAUCGAUAUUGUCAAAGGAAGAAUAGAGAAAUUUGGUUCUACAAUAGGCCCGAUCAACGUAUCGAACACGAUUGGCCUGAACUUGCAUCUCAAACUAAUCAACGAAUCUGUCAAGGGUUCGAUUUCAUGAGAAAUUGUUUUCUUAAAACAUUUCAACAACUUCCUUAUCUUAUUGAUCCAAUCGAAGAUGAUUAAUUGUUGUAUUAAAACAAAACGAAAUAUUGAUUAAGAUGAAGAUAAUUCUAGAAAUUGGUAACUUGAUCACAAUUCUGUUCUGUAAUCAACUAUUGAUUUAAUGAUAAUUAAAAAGAGGAUCAUUGAACAACAAA